UCAACCUUUUAAAAUUCAUAUGUGAUUUCCCCAAGAUUAUCACAACCAAACUUAACUUAAACACGAGAACUUGAAGCAUGAAGAACCUUACGUUGGCAGGAGUGAUGUGGGGCAGCUCCUCGAGACCGGGACAGCGAGGAUCCGAGGAAGGCAAAGACGUUAACCUCAGUGGCAGAAAGUCCUUUGACUUGUACGUGAACUUCCUGUGGAUUUUCGCCUUUAUAUACGUCCUGUGCAAGGUGGUCCAGCUCUUGGAGCGGUACCUCGGCCAGCGACUGCUCGGCCAGAAGCAAUGGUGCGACGUCCGCUCCAUCAAAAACGAGUGGGAGCUGACUCUGCAGCUUUACGAGGAGGGCAAGCACCAGCUGGACGCACAGGUGCGGGAUCUGCGCGAAAAGAACCUUAAUAUGGAGCGAAAGAUGAUCGAGCUGCGCGACUGCAACAUACACCUAAUUAGCGAGAACUUCAUGCGAUCUGUGAUGCAGGAACAGAAACCGAAGCCGACAAAGUCGAACAUCUACAUCACCAACAGCCACUACCACCUCACGCGGCAGGUGUUCUUAAACGAAAGACACAUCGAUCUGAAUGUGCAUAACGCCGUCGGAAAGAAUCUAGAGUCCAUGGAAGCCUCCGGGGAGGUUAUGAAUGUCUGGCUGCAGUAUCUGAAGAUGCGCAAGUGUUACAUGGGCCCGAUUGCCGAUCCAAAUUUAAUAGCUCCUAGGAGCCCCGACCAGGUGCUGCCCAUUGUUAUGACCACCGAGCAGUUAGCCGAGUUGCAGGGCAUGAUCUAGUUGGUUUUGUUUUAAGUGCAUUGAAAAUAUACAAGUGGCUGAUAUAUUAAUUAUAAGUCAGUUCCCUAAAAGAUCAUAAUGGGUAACAGGA